AUGGAGCGCCCGACCUCGGGAGGGUAUGAGAGCUUGUUCCGCGACUCUGGCUGGUCCUCGUCUCCCCCUCCCGACCUCAAUUUCCAUCUGAGCAUGGACCCGCCUCCACAUGCUGCUCCCGGCGCGAGACAUGACUCAUCCCAACACCGUUUGCCACCUCCGCCCCCUCCGCGACCCGCUUUGGACGAGCACGGCAGCUAUGUCAGCGAUCUCCCGCAGGGGAACGGUAGCGCGUACCAUAUGAGCUCUAUGAGGCGUGCUCUGCCAACCCCGCCAGCGGCUGGAGCACCGCCCGCGCACGCUGGCUCCCCCGCUUCGUCCUCCUUUUCGACGCACGACUCGCACCUCAAUAACCCUGGCCGAAGCAGCACGUACGAGCAGUACAGCCUGAAUGCGCCGCGCAACCGACAUUCGAGAGCGCUCCCUGCGCUGCCGACGCCGCCGCUCCGCAACACGGCGAGCUUUCCGGCAGCGCCCCCCGGACAUCAGGUUCCAUCGACUCCCGGCUAUUCCUCGACUGCUUCGGACCAUCAUGGUCAUGGCGCAGUUCCCCAGACACCGCCUCGACCACUUCCUCGCCCGGCUAGCGGCCUCCCGGCGCACAUGGAAGCGCACGCCUUUGGUCGAUCAUCGCCCUAUCCUGCCCAAGUCGUGAAUGACCAGUCUCCGAUAUCCAUCGAGUCCCCGGCGGCCUCGCUCUCGACCCACCCAUCCACCAUACGCAGCAACGGCGACCAGGACUACUUCCACCGUGGACCGACGACUGUCACGCCGCAGACCUCUGUUUCGAGCUCGGCGCACGACUGGAAGAGCAAUCAAAGCAACCACCGGCAGCAGGCGUCAGAGGUCCAGUCGUGUGGCCACGACGAAACGUCGGCAGCGUCCGUGCUCGACCACUACUACGCAUCUGAGUCGCCCAGCUACAACGCGAACGACCUUCCGAACGCCCCUUCCAUCGGUGUGGACAGCAGCAACUCGACUGUCAGGACCAGACCGACCUCGCAUAUCUCCCAGGGCAACGUAUCCGACGCGUCGUACCCAGCAGCCGAGUCGUCGCGAGCAGCCAGGCCAACGCACGCUGCCUUCGGAUCUGUAAGCUUCCCCAACGCACGCCAGUACGCCGAUAACAACGAGCGUCCGGCUUCGGGGAGCAACCCACUCGGAGACGACCAGCCCAUGUCCGCAGCGCCGUCGCAGGCGACGUCCCGGCCAGGCGACCUCGCGCCUUCUUGGAGCGAGCAGUCGCAGGAGCCAUCACGAUGGGUGCAGACAAAGUUACUGCUGCAUGAAGCAGGCGGAUACUACGAGGACGAGGAAGGAGGCAUCUACGACGAGUACGCCUCGCAGGAGGAAGAGGAGGAGAUUGAGGUCAACGAGAUCCAAUUCUUCAACCGCGCAUUCCUCAGCGAAGUCGCAGUGCAACUGCGCGACCGCGUUCCACGAGGCGACCACGUCAAGGCCGGAGUAACCUGGGUCGGCACGUUUACAGGAAAGGAUCUGGUGAACACGAUUCGCUCGUUCCUGCCCGAGUUUACGCGCGAGACGGAUGGCGACAGGCGAUUCGCGCUCGCGACGGCGCGCUCGCUUCAGUCGCAGCUCUGGGUCGUCGAGGUCGACUGGGACGACAAGCCUGUGCGCGACUCGGAGAACGUCGUGUUCAAGUUUAUGAGUGAGAUGGAGGACAUUGACGUCUCGGGUGAGCUGCCAUCAGGUGUGCUCACGAAUGCGACCAAGUGUUACUCGCCGAGCUGCACGGGCGAGCCUGGCUGUUACGCGCCACGAUGUCCGUUCAAGACGCCUGUCAACUCGUUCAUCUCAAUGCCAGAGGGCGACGCUGGUCCGAGUGGCACGGCGGUGGCUGUCGUUAAGAGCGACACGGACUGGACGGAGGACGUUGACCCCGUCAUCUUGGCCAGCCUCACGGAGCAGCAGCGUAACCGCCAGACUGCGAUCCGCCGCGCGAUUCUGCUCGAGGAGAACUACGAGAAGGACUUGGCCGCAGUGGAGAAGACGUUCAUCACGCCGCUCAUGACGGCCAACCCGCCGAUCCUCUCGCCGUACCACCACCUCGAAGAGGUCGUGCUGACCUUGUUCGGCAACAUCCAAGAAAUCCGGCGCGAGUCGCGACGCAUCAUUGACAACUUUGCCGUCCGUCUCAGGGAGCAGUCGCCCCUGAUUCAGACGGUCGGAGACAUCAUGCUCGAGGCCUCGACGGACUUCCGCAACCUGUACCCGGUGUACAGCGAGAACCUGCCACGUGCCGAGGCUCUGCUUGCUGAGACGAUCCAGGACAGUCCUCGAUUCGCAUCGUGGAUCAAGGAGGUGGCCACUAGCGGUGACCACCGUCUUCGCUAUCUGCUCAACCUGCCUGCGAACCAUCUGAAGGAGUACCCGAAGGCGCUCCAGGGUAUUCUGGAGUUCACCUCGCCAGAUGACCCGGACUUUGACUUCCUGACCGAGUCUCUAAGCUCGAUUGAGAGCAUUGCAAACCUGACGUCGCUCAAGCUGUGGCACGCCACGCUGACGCAGCCGCCAGGCGGGCCGCUGGCAUGGUGGAACAUUGUUCCCGAGGCAGUCCAGAAGUCGAUGUCCAAGGACGAGAUCAAGCGGCAGAAUGCUAUCUGGGAGCUGAUCCAGGGUGAGAUGGAGUACGUCGCAGACCUCGAGGCGAUCGAGACCGUCUUCAUCAACCCGCUCCGCGAAGCUGAGCAGCCGAUUAUUGACCGUUCUCGUCUGGACAACUUCAUUCACGACGUGUUCCAUAACUAUCGCAGCCUGCUCGAGGUGCACCGGCAGCUCGCGCGCGACCUCCAGGAGCUCCAGGUCCAGCAGCACCCCAAGCUGGGCGUCAUCGCUGAGCCUGUCCUUAACGCGGCGCUCAAUUGGCACGAGGCGUACAUGGAGUACGUCCCGAACGAGCCCAUUGCGAACGCCAAGAUCGAUGAGGAGCGGGCUAACAACCCCGCAUUCGCCAAGUUUAUGGAUGUCGACGUGUUCAAGAACCCGGCGAACACGGGCCGCCACGGCCUGAAGCACUUCGUGAACCGACCUACAGCCCGUCUACUCCGCUACGACCUGCUGUUGAAGGCUAUCCUGAAGGAGACGACCAAGACGGAACUGCCCGAUCACCCGGACAUCUCGACGAUCCCUCAGAUCCUCGAUCUCGUCGCAACCCUGGCCAAAGCAAUCGAUAAGGCAACUGCGAUCAACGACGCCAAGGUCAAGCUCUGGCAACUGAAGACGUCGCUUGACGGCGGCAAGUUUGGCCCACACGCUGUCAAGGAGCUUGACCUGCUGAACCCGAUGCGCGAGCUCAUCCACCAGGGCCGCGUUUACCGCCAGAGCGAAGGCCGAGGUUCCAUGAGCAGCGGCUCGGAGCUGCAGCUGUUCCUCUUCGACAACUACUUUGUCAUCGCGAAGCAGACCAAAGCGUCCUCCAGGAACAAGGAGGGCCCGCUCCGCUGGACGAUCAAGGGCAAGCCGACGCCGCUCGAGCUGCUGACGCUUGGCGAGUUCGACGCUCCUCCGCAAACCCGCUCCGUCGGUCUCCUUAAGGGUAUCCGAAGUGCUGGAGGUGGAGAAACAGAAGACAAGACAGUGUACCCCUUCACGUACAUGAUUGAGGGACAGCUCAGCGGUCAGUACGCGCUGUGGACGGACUCGGCCAAGGCGCGAGAGGAAUGGCACGAGAAGCUUCAGCACGCCAAGGUGCUUCGCGCAGCGGUGAAUGAGGGCAUCAAGAUCUUCGAGUUUACGCCCCUCAGCCUGGACACGUUCUACGAGGCGACGCGAUACGGUGCCACCCCGGCUAACAGCGAGGACUAUACUGGUCCCGUCACCUGCUCGACGCCGUUCACGACGAUUGACGGCCGCCGCCUCAUCGCCGUCGGAUGUGACCAGGGAGUUUGGAUCGGUAUCCGCCACGAGACGUCGUCGUUACGCAAGGUUCUUCACGUGCGCGGCGUCACGCAGAUCGCUGUGCUCGAGGAGUUCGGCAUCUUCCUCGUGCUGGCGGACAAGAGCCUGCUCGCGUACAACCUCGAGGCGCUGGUGCCCACUGCGCCGUCGGCGAACCCGGCGCGCUCGGCUGCGCCGCAGCGUCUCAGUGUGCGUGAGAUUGUCUUCUUCGCCGUCGGUCAAAUCUCGGGCCGCACCCUCGUGCUCUACAUGAAGCGCAAGGGUCUCGACUCGGUGUUCCGCGUCCUCGAACCCGUCGUGAACCGGAACUUGGACGACCAUCAGAGGCCACAGCGCCGCGCAUUCGGCAACCUGCUCAGCCGCAACUCGGACUGGUUCCGCAUCUACAAGGACUUCUUCAUCCCCACCGAGGCGUCGAGCGUGCACUUCCUCAAGUCCAAGUUGGCGAUCGUGUGCACGAAGGGCUUCGAGAUCAUGGACCUCGGGGAUCUCAAGGGCGGUACAAUUCCGAUCUUCGACCCGAUCAAGAUGCGCGACCGGCCUGCGCUGCAGGAGCUCAGCAAGAAGUGCGAGAGCGCCAAGCCGCUCGCCAUGUUCCGGUCCAAGGAGGGCGAGUUCCUGCUGUGCUACGACUCGUUUGGCAUCUACGUCGACCGGCACGGCGAGCCGAACCGCGACCUGCAGGCGAUCGAGUGGGAGGGCCGCCCGCUCGAGACAAAGGACAUUGUCUUCCACCCGCCAUACCUGCUCAUCAUCUCGCGCUCCUUCAUCGAGGUCCGGCACAUCGACACGGCCAAGCUCGUCCAGAUCUACACCGGCAAGGAUCUGCGGUGUACCUGGGACGGCACGGGCGGGCAGGCAAAUGCGCUCACGCGCGGUCCCGGCGCGGACGGGUGGGGCGAGGAGUUCACCUCGCAAGAGCCGCGGAUCCACAUCUGCCGCCGCGGCGGCGUCGCCACGCGCGCAGGAGCGCGGGGCAUGUCGCAGCACAUCUUCGAGCUGACCCCGACGUUACUUCUGAACAACCCCCUCUUGAACCCAGCCAACACAAGCGACCCGAACUACUUCCCGCCCGCGCCGCUCGACUACUCGUCAGUAGCGGCGCCGGACCCCUACGAAGCUGGUCCCUCGUAUGCGCCGUACAUGGGCGCCACACCGGGCUUAACUCCCGGCUACCAGGCGAACAACAUGUACGCGGACCGCCGUUCCGUUUCCUCGAGCAGCACGCACACCUUCGCCAACGUGCCGCAGAGCCCCGCCUUCCCUACGUCUCCGGCCAUGAACAUGCCUACGGCCGCGCCCAUGCCGCCCAUGCCCCAGAACCCGGCCUAUGUGCCGCCGCAGAUGAACAUGAAUGGCGGGCCGUAUCCCGCCCCGAGCACGGGAUUGGGAGCGGGGCUCGGCAGUAUCGGCGCCGCUCACGGAUCGGCGUAUGGCUCGCAGUAUGCCCAACACGCCCAGCAGAGUCAGCAGGGACAGCAUGCCCAGCAGGGUCUCGGGUACGGCAACUUGAACUCUGCGGAGCAGAGUCACGGCCAUGCCGGGCACGCCGGUCACGGCGCGCACGGAGGCAGCGGAGGCCUCGACCAGGCGUUCCACCAACAGCAGCAGGUGUACAACUACCGCCAGAGCCGGACCAAUGGGCUGCCCUAG